AUGGACUCUAAAUGGGACAUCGUUGCAGAAAUACCCGACCUAACCGGCAAAGUGGCCAUUGUAACGGGUGCAAACUCUCCACAAGGAAUCGGAUAUCAUAUCGCCCACCAGCUUGCUAUCAAAGGGGCCAGAGUAUACGUUGGUGCACGAAACACAGAAAAGACCCAAAAUGCGAUCGAUGAGAUGCUUCAGUCCACGCCCUCUUUGGAUCCUGGGCGAUUAGUGCCGCUAGCUAUGGAUUUAAAUAAUUUCCAGCAGGUCCAUAGCACGGCCAGAGGUAUUUUGGAGAGAGAGGAACGCUUAGAUAUCUUAGUCAACAAUGCUACGCGUAUGUCGAUGCCCUUACACAAGGACCAACAUGGUAUCUCAAUAUCUUUUGGCACGAACUUUCUCGGCCCAUACCUAUUCACCACAGAGCUACUUCCUCUUUUAAAGAAGACUGAUCGUCUAACACCUGGAGUUCGAAUUAUCAAUAUCUCUUCAAGGGUCCAUCUUGCCCUUCCGACCGGCGUACGAUUCAAUUCUCUGGGUGACUUCAACCGAGACUUUGGCUCCGAGGACGAUCAUCAAAGCAACCGCCUCCGCUAUGGUCUCUCUAAACUCGCCAUGGUACUCUUUUCAAAGGAAAUACAGAGACGUGCGAAUGAAGAUAGAAUACCUCUGUUGGCCAUGAGCAUGCACCCCGGUGGUGUAAAGACCGUCGGAGUAACUAGAUAUCUCGGUGAGGGGAAUGAUAGACUCAAGGACCUUUUGACACCCCUGGAUGGAGCAUUGACACCACUUUUUGCCGCGGCGCAUCCACUGCCGUUCAUCGAGAGGGAAAGGUAUGGAGGGGCGUAUUUGGUGCCCUUUGGUGAGAUUGGGGAUACUUCAGAGGAUGGUGAGAAUGAACAACUUGCAAAGGAUUUGUGGGGUACGAGUGAGCGAGUCUUGAAGGAUGUCCUCAACCCGGGUCUGUAA